AUGGCCCUGGCAGUGAACGUCCGCUCUAGACCACUAGUCAAGGACGUGCUGCAGCAGCUGACGGCAGUGAACGUCAACCCCACCAUCGGCCUGGCGGAGGCGGCGGAGCUGCUGUGCACCCACCUGGGGGUUGCCCUCGUCAGCAUCAUCGGCUCGACCGAGGGGCUGGCAUCCUACAUCCUGCUGGCGGCGCACGGCACGGGCGCGGCCGAGCUGGAGCGGGACGUGGUGAUGAAGGGGGCGGACUGGAGCCCCUUCCAGCUGGAGGGGCGCACCGCGCACCUGCACCUCACAGCAGAGGAUGACGACCAGGCGCUGGCGCUGCCGAAGGACUGGGCGGUGCUGUACCACACGCACGGGCUGCGCAGCUUCUUGGCGGUGCCGAUCGGCACGACUAAUGAGACGCUGGGGCUGCUGACCGUGGCCAAGCAGGAGGCGCACGCAUUCGACGACGAAUGGUGGGAGCCGAUGCUGGGCGUGCUCUCCGUUGGGCUGCUGCCGCACCUGCGCAACGACCAGGUGUCCCACCUGUGCCACCUGGUGCGUGUGCUGGACGGCACCAGCGACUACCUGGCACUGGUGGCGCUGCUGCUGCAGCUCUCGGACUUGCCUAUUCCUAUCCUCGUGUGA